UACAAUACUAACUCCCAAGUUAGCAGAUAAUUCGUUAUGAUUCCUUUACUUGCUAUUGCUAAGCAUAACAGCUGCUUUUUCAUGGUUCUGUCACUUGGCAAAGUAACCAGUGCAUUUUUCUUUCUGUAUACUAUCUUUCUUUACUAUUAAACAUGAUCAAACAAAUAUUAUCAUCAGGAGAAUGAUUUGAGGAAUGACCUUGCCACUGCAGUUUUCUCUUGUAGUGGUAGUAGUGUUCCAUUAGUCCUCCAUUAUAACAGGAGUAUAUAAUUUCCAAGGCUAUACCAUGGACUGCUUGGCUUUGAUCAAGUUAGUCUAGUGUUGGUACUUAGUUCUGAAAGGGUAGAGUAUUUCCCAGGUCUAUUGUAUAAGGCAGCCUCCCCCAUCCAGAUGCCAUCCAGAUGUUUUGGACACCUCCCAUCAUUCUUGGACAUUGGCCAUGCUAGCUGCGGCUGAUGGCAGUUUAGCCCAAAACCCAUUUAGGACAUCAGUUUGGGGAAGGCUUUUGUGUGUAGGGUAUUCUGCAGACAUUAUUGAGGUAUGAUGAAGUUGAGAGUAUGUGUCAGUGAUCAGCACUGAAAUCUCUAAAUGUACCUGAGACCUUCAUGUUUUAGCCUUUUAAAAAUUAAAUUCAUGCAUGGUUGGAAUUGUGAACAUAUUUUAAAGGUUAUAGAAAGCACUUGCUAUCCAGUAAUUGUAUGAGCCACUUAGAAUGAAUUGAUAAUACUUGGUUUACAGCAAUUUAAAAUCUGCUUGCUUGUGGCUCUGCUGGAUCAUCUGUAGAAAUCAAAUGAAUUGAUACCUUCCUAAAGUUGCUAUUGGUUGUUAAUGUUUAGGUCAUAGCCCAAACAUGUUCCUACUGGAUUGUUAGCUUUCACAUAGCAAACAUCUCAGGUUGCAGCUUUUAGAAUUGCAGGAGCUGGUGUGCUUCUUCUCAACAUGCUCUAUCCUGUAUACUAAAAUAACAUCAUCUGUGGGAGUCAACACCAUCCUGACAGUUCAUCUUUGUACUAGCAAGCGGCUAUGCCACACAUUUUUUUUUUAGUUAGCUAUGAGUAUUGCUAUGAAGGAACAUAUCAUAAAACUGGUAUAGGUGAGGCAUAUGUUGCAAUUUGGAAUGUUUUCCAACAAUUCUGUGCUUGUUUUUGGUGGGUGUUUGUAAAAAGAGCAGACUUUAUGCACUCCCUAUCUGCAGUUCAAUACCACUAAAUGUAGAGUGCUGAUGGUAACAUUUUAAAAUUCACAGCCUUGCUUGCAAUUCUUUUACUAACUUCUCCUUAUGGUUGGGUUCCACUGCUCUCUUGAUUUUGAAGGUCAUGGUAAAAAAUCAUUUCAAAAUUAUUGAGAUGCCUAACUGAAUCAUUGCAUGAAUUUGGGAUAAUAAUUCUGAUUUGGAAUAUGGUGCACUGAAAAAGCCUUCUGGUUGAUGAAACUGCAAUGUGGCUGCUUUCUCUCCUCUACCUUGCAGUGGAUUUGUAGUCAUCACUAGAGUCUCUUUAGAAGCACUGUGUGAUUCUUCACACAUGUCUUCUGAGCAUCAAAACAUCUGAAAGGUGUGAUUCAUCACGUGCAAACACAUGGCAAUCUAAGAAUGCAGCAGAAAAGUGGACCAGUUGUGCUAGCAGAUGAAGCGAAGAACCCAGCCAUGGAAAAGCUGGAGCUUGUAAGAAGAUGGAGCCUAAAUACUUACAAGUGUACUCGCCAGAUUAUCUCUGAGAAGUUGGGUCGAGGCUCACGGACAGUAGAUCUGGAAUUGGAAGCUCAAAUAGAAAUACUGAGGGAUAACAAAAAGAAGUACGAGAAUGUCCUGAAAUUGGCACAAACAUUGUCCACACAGCUUUUCCAGAUGGUGAAUACCCAAAGACAGCUGGGAGAUACAUUUGCAGACUUGAGUUUGAAAUCAUUAGAACUCCAUGAGGAAUUUGGAUACAAUGCAGAUACUCAAAAACUUCUUGCUAAAAACGGUGAAACUCUACUUGGGGCAAUUAACUUUUUUAUUGCUAGUGUGAACACUUUGGUGAACAAAACUAUUGAGGACACAUUAAUAACCGUGAAGCAAUAUGAAAGUGCCAGGGUUGAAUAUGAUGCUUAUCGCACAGAUCUAGAGGAGCUGAAUCUUGGCCCACGAGAUGCAAACACAUUGCCAAAAAUUGAGCAGUCGCAACAACUAUUCCAAAUACAUAAGGAGAAAUAUGACAAAAUGCGCAAUGAUGUAUCAGUUAAAUUGAAGUUUUUGGAGGAAAACAAGGUGAAAGUAUUGCACAAUCAGCUUGUUCUGUUCCACAAUGCCAUUGCAGCAUACUUUGCGGGGAAUCAAAAACAGCUUGAACAGACUCUUAAACUAUUCCAUAUCAAAUUGAAAACGCCUGGAGUAGAUGCUCCAUCCUGGCUUGAAGAUCAGCAAUAGGACCACAGCAUGAAGAUCCCUUGAUCAACCAAGAAUAUUGUACACCUAAUGAGAAUCAAUGAAUUUGUAUAAGGAGGACUGUUUGUAAUGAUACUUGCACAAGCAGCUUUAAUUUCCCCCUUGAUAAUAAUUACUAUAAUAGUUUGGGAGGGUGGAUGGAUGUAACCAAAUGUAACUUGCCAUUUCAGAAACAGAUCUUUUUUGUAUUUGAGGGUGGAUGGUUUUCUGUAGUAGGGAAAUAUAGAUUUGCACUGACAAAGAUGUUCGUGAUCUCCGGUAAUUGUGGUGGCUAGAUGGGAAUUUUUUCAAAGGGAGAUGCUCAUGGUUUGUAUCAACAUCAGAUAUUUUAUAUAAAUGUAUUAAGCUUCUCUAAAGAUUCUUUUUUCAUGUAAAUGUGUUAAAAGAAUAAAUGUUUUACAGAGUAAUAAUAUAAGGAAGGCCUUCAAGCAACAUCCACAAAAUAUCAGUGGCUGGCUGAUACGUGGAAUUGCAGCAAAUAGCUUUUUAAAAAAAUGUUGGAUCAUUCAAUUUUGUGGUUCAGAAACACUAAAUAUAGAAUUGCCCUCUUGGUCUUAAGCUUUGAAAACACAUUUUAGCAUUGUAAAGAUGAACUGUUGGAGAAGCAGACCAUUGCCCUACUUCUUUAAUAUUUAAAUGUCUAUUAAAAAAAAUACCUUUACUUGCCUUAAAUUCAGAAGUGCCUUUUGCAACACACUUUGUACCCAGUGUACAUAAUCUGUAAGAAACCCUCUUUGGAUUGAUGACUUUUUAAAGAGACAGUCUGAGGCCAGUCUGGGUUGUGUGUGCUUCUGUUGAACGGCAGACCAUGUCACAUGACUAAUAUGACUGAUUGUUUCUUUUCUCAAUCAAUAGUGUAACCUUUAUUAAACAUACAUUUCUGUUCUCUUAUAGCCUUUUAAAAUUCACUGUUAUGGAGCAUCCUCAAUUGCACAUUAUCCACUGCUUUUUGUGUUUAUAUAAAUGAAGUAAAAAUAACUUAACACAGUUUAUAUGGAUUGUACAAUUAUGUAUUAUAUGUUGAAAUGAUUCAGUUGCUUCUUUAAAUGGUUUAGUUUAAGUCUUAAUGUAAUGUGUGUAUCAAGUACAUUUUAAAUCAUUCCUUAUUACAUUCUUGUCUGUUCAAUGACUUUGCAAUUGGAUUUUUUCUCUUGCAAUAACUUUACCAAGUUACCAUUCCUCAGAAUGUGCCUCCAUUGUUAACUUUGUUUUCAUACUAAAGGUGUUUGCUGCA